CCUCAGUUUGAGUCGAAUGGUCCCGCCCGGGCCGCGCGUCCCGUUGCUAAGGCCGCGGUCACGUGGUGCACCGCUCGGCAGCUCCCCACGCCUGCAACUGUCGGGAGGAGCCAUGGCUGAGGUGGCCGGGCCGGGGGCGGAGAUAGGGAGAAUUUUAGUCCAGGUUCAAGAAGAUCUUCAACAGCUGAAGGAUAAAUUGAGAGAUAUCAGCCAUGACAGGGAACCGGUGGAUGUUCAGAGCCUUGAAGCUGCUAUUGAAAGGACAGAGAGUGGAUUUAGGAAACAAACCGAGAAGUAUUUAAAUGCUGUAAACAGAACCGUGUUAACAAUUUCACCAACUUAUAAUGUGGACCUGUGUUCAAGACAGAUGUCCAAAUGGGGAAUCCCCAUGGAGACUUCUCAGAAAGAAAUAACUUUCCCAGGGAUGCCUGGAAUUGCCACUCAGCACGGUGGGUCAUCACCACCACAUCAGUCCUCAGCGUCAAAGCAAAAGCUUUCGAUGAUGGUGAAGAUCAUGUACAAUCCUCGCAACACCUGCCACAGAAAUUUUGUAAAUCUGAACUAUGGAGUCGACUUGCCACUAAUUAAUCAGAGGAAAACAGUUCCCGCAGCAGCUCAGAAGGUAGCAAAAGGUGUUACGGUUGGCAACCUCUCAGUAGCUCCACCUUCCCUCCAGUUGAAUAACAUUUCCUUGCCUGUGACUGAAAGGGAUGCGGAGAGAGGUAUCCUGAAUCUGAUCGAAAGAGGUCUGAUCCCACGUGCUGCUAGGAUUACGCUAGAGAAGCCUCCCGUUGUACUCAAGGCUGUUCCUCUUCAUGAAUUUCACACAAAGCACAAGAAACCAGCUGCAGAUGAAGGUGUGGAGAGCAAGAAAGAGGAAGUGUGCCAUCCUCCUCCUCCUCCUCCUCCUCCAAAGCCCAUCCGCACCCCCAACUACACCAGCAAGGGAAAUAGAAGAAGCAAGGGCAGCAUUGCCCCACCCCCAUCCUGCAUAUCUGUCAUUUCACCCAGGAAAUCAAAGCUGCACCUAAUUCAGGCCCUCCAAAAGUGGGAGUUUGCCACGUCUUCUGCCUUGUUGUUAAAGACCUCAGAAGUGACACCAUCUCAGGCAUUCCAGAAUCUGUGUUUGGAGUUUGAGAUACCUGUCCGCAAGGGAGCUGUAGACUACACGGCUCGUGAUCUUCAAGGGUUUAAAAAGUACUGCUGCUUAUUCUGGGGAAGUGUCCUUUCCUUCUUGGAGCAUGUGGCUAACUUUUUGAAGGACUAUGCCAUACCCUCCGCCAUCAUCAAGGGGAAGAAGGUGUUGGAGAUAAUUCCAGAUUUUGAACUUAACCAGAGGCUGACCAGGGAGGAAAUUCUGUCAGUGAUAAAGAAUGUGUCAGUGGUCAGAAAGCUCUUAAGUCAGCCUGGCCAGAGAUACAAAGGCCAAAAUGGCAUUGACAUGGCGGCCACCAAGAUCCAGGCAACGUGGAGGUGCUACAAAUCCAGAAAAGCCUAUAUCGUCUUCCGGCAGCAGCAGUGGGCCUCAGGCGUGAUUGCCAUCUCUUGGCUUGUGCAUGUCCACAUGGGGCGGGUCAAGAAGACCCUGAAAGAAUCGCGGCAGAGACACCUGGAGAAUUUCUACAUAAGGGCCAAGCAUCUGGCCGCCAACUGGAAUCGCAUCAGGACCUCUAGGAGGACCAUUAUCCAUAUCCCAUCAUUAGGGUAUAUGCAAUCGGUUCGAGAGGCAACCCCUGAUUUCACUAUUCUUCAGGGAUCACAGUUUGGAAGACUCUGUGAAAUACAAGAUACUAAUGUGGACGUCAUCUAUGUUUGUCCUUUCCAACUGAGCGAGGAGAUGCUGCGAUAUUACGAUACAUUUUUGGGUUUGUGGUCAGCAGUUAGAUCUGGAAGCCCUAAGGAUGCUGCUGACCUGCAGGACAGGUUCAAAAUACUCACCCCUGAAGCCAUAAACAGCUUCCCUAACCGCCCCUUGUCCCUGGCUACCUUCUUGAAGUACAGCCCCAAGACCAUCAAAAGGAUCAGAAACCUGAUCCAGGGCAAGGAGGCCUAUAUUGUAGGAGGGCUUCUGAACCAAGAUGACCUGGAAGUGGCUGAUGCGCUAGAUGUGCCCAUUUUAGGUUCCACCCCGGAAGUGGCUCACCUCUACAGUUCCAAGUCAGGAAGCAAAAGAAUAUUUGCUGCUGCAUCUGUUCCAGUACCACCAGGACAAUAUGACAUCUACAGCAGGCAGCAGAUGGUUGAAGUCCUCAGUCAGCUGAUAAUAGACCAUCCAGAAGUGAAGCGCUGGGUAUUCAAAGUGGACAGCGAGUUUGAGGGAAAUGGCACAGCAUUCUGUGACAUCUCCACACACCUCAAAUGCUACCCCUGGCUUCUGAAGGAGAGUCGUAGAUACGGCCCUGAGACAUGGAAGACACGGUGGGCACAUGAACCGGCUUUGGCGAAGAUCUCCCAGGAGCUGCCAGGCCUUUUAGCACAGCACGCUCAGGCUGUCAAUGAGAAACGAUUUCCUACAUGGGGAAAAUUCCUCCAAACGUUUGUGAGUCAAGGUGGAAUCAUAGAAGCCUUCCCACCUUCGGACAGUAUCACUAAUCUCACGGUGGAUAUGCUAAUAGAACCAGCUGGAGAGAUCACAGUGGUUUCUUCUGGAGAUCAGUUCCAUGCUGAUAGCCCCUUGCGGUCUUCAGGAACCACCCUUCCUCAAUGUUCUGUUGAACCAUGGGUCCUCAACUUGCUGUGUCUUCAGAUUGGAGAGGCCUGCAAAUCCAGGGGAGUGAUUGGAUACUUCUCCAUUGACUUUGUGACAUUUAUCCAUCCUCAAACAAUGGGGCAGCAGCUAUGGGCAAUAGACCUGGAUCUGCACUAUAGUGAUCAUCUGGCCCUGACACAGGUAUUGCUGUAUGUAACUAAUGGAACGCUGGAUUGCAGAUUAAGCCGCUUUGAAGUCCAGCUCAUUCCAAGCAAACCAGUAGGCCGCCAUUCCCAGAAGGAAGAGCCCCAAACUCCUUCUGUAGUCAACCGCUAUGUUGUCAUGAGCAAUUCCAUCAUGCAUGGCAACUUUUCCCUCAUCUACUAUAAUGUUUUCCUUCAGAUGUGCAAGGCUCAUGGCAUUGGAUAUGAUGUCCAGCAAAGAGAAGGGACAGUUUUUACCCUGUUUGAAGACCAGAAGAGGCUCAAAUUUGGAAUGUUAACAAUUGGAGAACAUCUCCAGGGGGUCCUCAUGACCUUUGCUCAGCAACUCUUCAUCAUCUAUCAAGAAUUAUCAGCACCUAAUAUGCAUGCCGAGACCAAUUUUAAGGGAGCCGUUGAAGAUAUUGAAAGAAUCCUGGGAGUUACAGAACAAAACAAGUUAAAAUUUGAAGAAGAAAAGGAGGCCUCAAAAGCGCGAACUUCCACAAAAUAGUUAAACACUAUUCCACAUGUCAUGGCCUUCUCAUUGUGCAUCUUUAAAUUCAUUAAAGUUCCAGUGCUAAAGUACUCCACACUCCAAAAAACAUUCCUGCUACAACAACUGUGCUUGGGAUCUUUGAAAACAUAACAUAGAUUAGCCGAACAUACGCAGAUGUCAACAGUGUAUCCCAACUCACAGAAAUUUCCUUCCUCGAAAUUGUAUCAGAUGUUUAUUUUCCUCAUUGUGGCUU